AUGCGUGAAGUGCGCCGGGUUGCCUGCGUAAACCACCAUAUUCUACAACUGAAACACCAAGUUUUCAUUGUCUUCUUGAUUGAUUGUGAAGAGCAGGCCCGGCGGCGUCGUCCUCCUGGUUAUCUUGAGCGACUUGCAGCCAUCUCGCUUCUCACUUGUCCCCGAUGCUUUCGUUCUUUUCGGCCGCAUAGGGGAGGGUUGGUGGAAGCGAAAUGCCUGUUGCGUUGUGACGUCGGUACCUCCAGGAGCGGCGAUUCCGGGCCCACUAUACAUACAUCUAGCCUCCAUUCACUUUACGUCGGGAAAGGAAACCCAGCUACAUGUCUUAUUAUUCGACUAAGAUGGCUGGAAAACUGUUGA